AUGAAAGGCAGGGUGCAAAAGGAGCGCUGUAAAUGGAUGUUAAUGGAGCAGAAUUCUGUUGUACUUACGAAAGUUUGGUACUUGCGCUUUGAUGUGGGUCGUUUAGAGGGAAGAUCUUUGGAGGUUUCCCAUUUGCUCUUUGCGGACGACACUUUAAUUUUUUGUGAUGCUGAUUUGGAUCAGGUUUUGUUUCUCUGUAUGAUUCUCAUUUGGUUUGAGGUGGUUUCUGGUCUGAAGAUAAAUUUGGGCAAGUCAGAGCUGGUUCCUAUUGGUAUGGUGCAUAAUCUUGACUUAUUGUUGAAUCUCCUUGGUUGUAAACAAGGUACCCUUCCAAUGAAAUAUUUAGGACUUCCUAUGGGAGCUAAAUGUAAGGAUAAGUUAAUUUGGAACCCAAUUUUGGAGAAGAUAGAACGGAGAUUAGCAGGAUGGAAAUGUUUAAUUGAGAAACUUCAGAGGGAUUUUUUAUGGGGUGGCAUUGGUGAUGAAUCAAAAUUCCAUUUGGUCAAAUGGUCUACUGUUUGCACUCCCAUUGCUUCGGGUGGUUUGGGGAUAAGAAAGGUAAGACUUUUUAAUGAAGCUCUGCUUGGGAAGUGGCUAUGGAGAUUUGGGAUGGAGAGGGAUGCUCUUUGGAGGCAAAUGAUAGCCGUGAAAUAUGGUUGUGAAUAG